GAUAGUGAUGAUUAAUAUUUAGACACGGGGAUACAAACAAAAUCAAUACAUGUACAAUGAUGUACUAACGAUGUACAAUUAUGUACACUAGUUCGUUUUUCCGGUUGUAACCCCCCGGCAGCCAAGUACAUUGGGGUUUUUUACCCAUCGUGUUGUGACUUUAAGCCCUAUGCAACUGCUUUUGGACUAUUUUUAGAUAUGUUCCACGUGAUUUUGAUAAGAAAAUAUUUUUUUAAUUGAAAGUUUUCUUAAAACGGAUUAUUUACAAGUGGAGAGGUGAUAGAGCAAUGACUGUACAGUGAUUUAUUGUGGAAUGUGUAAUCGUUAGAGGUUAGAACCUCUGAGAAUUUUGAUUCCGAUCCAUUCAGAAGACAUGGUACCCACCAGGAAUAGUAUAAUCGUGGAGAGGCUCUCCUCGGUGUUCUCCACCCCUGAAAAUCAUGAGGAUCUCUCUAAGGUAUGCGCCACGAUAUCUUCGGAUAUCUUUGCAGGUUCAACAAAGCUGUGUGAGGUAGUAGAGCAGCUAGGAGAGUUCCUGACAAGUACAGACGUCAGCCUACGUGAGAAUGGAGUUCGUUCGCUCUCAACAAUAAUUCAAAAGCUUCCCCCGGAUUUCCUCACUCACCAGGAGGUCGAUCUCCUGACGUCCUUCUAUUGCGAUCGCCUGAAGGACCACCACAGUGUCAUCCCCUCAGUGAUCUUGGGAAUUUUAUCAAUCGUCCAGAUGAAAAAUCUACCUGUGGACGCUCCUGGUAGACUCGUCCACAACCUGUCCCAGCAUGUUCGAUGCCAGUCCGAGCUCCAAGCGACACGGAAGAACAUCUACCACAUCUUCCAGAUCCUCUUGGACAGAAGAAUCGAUGUCCUGACGGCGCUGGGUCCUGACUUUGUCUACAUAGUGAUAUCUUCGAUGGACGGAGAGAGUGAUCCCCGGAAUCUCCUGCUACUCUUUGAAAUUCUCCCAAAAUUCAUCAAGGAAUUCCCCCUCGGACAUCUCACUGAGGAGAUGUUCGAGGUGAUUGCCUGCUAUUUCCCAAUCGAUUUCACGUCCAGAGAAAAAGAGGGAAAGGGGAUCACUAGGGAGGACUUCGCCAGAGGGCUGGAGAGAUGUCUGUCAGCCAUUCCUUCCUUCUCAGACUUCUGCAUUCCCCUGGUACUCGAAAAAUUGGGUUCUAGCCUAAAAACAGCAAAGUUGGACUCUCUGUCGCUGCUAUCCACUUCCUGUUCAACAUUCGGAAUUGAUGGCCUCAAAAACCAUCUGGACGAGAUGUGGAUACCACUGAGACGGGAAGUGAUGCCUGGAAUCGAUGAGGACGUGAGGGAAAAGGCGCUCCAGGCCAUCACUGACGUAUCCAGAGUGCUGUCAGAGGAUCCAAUCGUUACCGAGAAGUUCGUGGGGAAGAUCCUGACGGACACCAAGUCCUUCUUCUGUGAUGUACAGUUGAGUCUCUUCUGGCCAGCUGAAAAGCUCUUGGAGGCUGUCGCUAGGGGAGGAAAGGAACCCUGCAUUCAAGUCUUGAGGACUGUGAUCCCACUGUCUCUGGGGCAAUACUCCGCGAAAACCAGUACUGCUGAUAAAAUCGGUCUCAUGGAAACCCUGAACAGCUUCAUAAGGAUCUCUGGUGCCCAUGGGUUCAAGAUAUCUGAUGUGCCUGAAUUAUCCUGGACGGAUAUACCUAACUUGUACUUAAACGAACUUCAUAAGGCGGAGAGUGCGUUGAAAGCUAAAGUUCUGAUGGGUCUGGCUGCGCAAGUCUCUUCAUUAUCGGAGCCUCAUCGUCAGGUACUUUAUGAGAGACUCUGUGAGACGAUCGAUGCGGGGGGAGAGGAUUUGAAGGCAGCUUAUUGCAUGGUUCUAUCGAUUUGCGGGGUAAAACAUUGUCGGGAGGUCCAGAUGCUCCUUCAGGAGCGUCUGAUAGUGAAUGUUAAUGUCUCAGGGAAGAUUCUGGAGAACAGGCUGGAGGCUGUCUCUUCAGUUGCCAAAAUUCCGGACUUGGGGCCUGAGAUUCUCCCUUCAAUCCUAGGAGUCGCUGUUUCUGGAGACUUUGAGUCAUCCUCAGCUGCUCUGAGUUGCCUUCAAAGAUUGCUGCUGGAUGAUCAAGGCGAAUACGAUCUGCAUAAUUGCCUGGUGCAUGAUUGCAGAGCCGUGGAGAGGCUUGUGGAGUCUGUUGGGGAUGGAAAUAUCGAGAGAAUGCGACUGGUUUCGAAUAUCUGUUGUUUGAUUGUGAGGAAGUUGAAGCCUGAAGCUCAGGAAGUCGUUGUGGGCAAGCAUUUCAGUACUUUGAGGUCCCGAAUUUCUGAGAAUAUUGUCCUACUCGAGGGAAUCAUCACCCCUCUGGCUCCAGAGGUCAUUAAAACCAUUCCAAUUGACUUUUUGGAGCAGGUCUUCGAGAUCUCAUUGAAGAGUCCUUACGAGGAGUACAGGUUGUCAGCUUGCAGAUUGGUCGCAACGUUAGUUAAUAAAAUUAGGGAGGGAGAGACGUUAGGGAGACACUUGAAUAUCUUCAAGGAGAUUUUAACACAGAUUCUGGAGGGGAACGACGGCGACGGGAAGAAGAGAGCUGCUGUCAUGAUGCUUAUCUGGCUGACGAAAGGUCUGAUCCUCGGAGGAAGUCGGGAGUCUCAGGAUUUUCUCGAUUAUUUGAUAAAUGUAUUGAAGAAUGAGGACGUAGGGGAAUUCACUGGAGAAAUGUUCAGGGUGCUCAUUGAUAGGGAGGAGAGGACACUUACUGAGGAGAAUCGAUGUACUGUUAAAAUUUUUUACAAGCAGAGGGUCUUUCAAAAUGUCAUUCAACAGAAUGAGGCGUUUGAGGGGACUGCUAGGCAAAAUUAUCUCAUCGCUUUGAGCCAUCUGGUGCAGGAAAUUCCGAUUGAAUUAAUGAGCUUGCAUUUAUCAAAGAUUGUCCCCGCUCUCAUCAUAUCCCUCUCGAUGGAGAGCAGUCAGCUGCUGCUGUCGAGCCUAGCCACCCUGGAGCAGCUACUGAACACAAAACACGACAUCUUCAUCGAACAAAUUCAGAGCCUUAUAUCUAAUUGUUUAAAGCUAUUAAACCACCCCAAAAUGCAAAUAAGGAUAGCAGCCUUGAAUUGCUUAUACAGCUACUGCAGUUACCCAACGAUGAUUAUAAAUAUGUACAGGAACGACGUAAUUGACAAAUUGUCUGAGACAGUUGACGACAAGAAGCGACUGGUACGGAGGGUCGCUGUGAAGACAAGGACCGAGUGGUUCCUCGUAGGGGCACCUGGAGGACCGCAUGAACCGCCUCAAGAGUAGAUGAGGUACAACUUGAGGAAUAGCUGUUGUAAUAUUCCAUUAAUGUACAUACAAAAAAUAACAGGAGUUAAUUGAAUAAAGAGCAUUGAUUUUCUGUAA